UAUUCACUUCUAAAAGAGAAUUAAAAUGGCGCUUAGUCCCGGAGAUCCCAGUUCCUAUGCCCGACCGGAUCAUGUGAAAACUACUCAUAUUCAUUUAGAUUGGGAUUUGGAUUUUGACAAGAAGAUUCUUUCUGGUGAAUGCAUUCUGUCCAUGGAGAAAGUGGAUAAUGGAGUGAGCUGUGUACUACUGGACUGUAGAACUAUAUCAGUAUCUAGUGUCAUCUAUGAACCAACAGGGGAGAAUUUGACUUUCAAGAUUGACGGCGAGACUAGUUUUGGUUCCAGGAUGGAGAUUCAGCUCCCCUCAGGCUCUGAAAAAACUUUUAAGCUGAUCCUGAAGUACUCCACCAGUCCUGAGUGUUCAGCGCUGCAGUGGUUGUCCAAGGAGCAGACUGCUGGAGGUACUCAGCCCUAUGUAUUCUCUCAAUGUCAGGCCAUUCAUGCCAGAUCCAUGCUGCCUUGUCAGGAUACGCCUUCAGUUAAAGCUAGUUACUCUGCUAGUGUUACAGCACCUCUAGGGAUCACUGUUCUUAUGUCUGGGAUCAGGAAAUCUGAUGAAACUGCUGAGAUUUGGAAUGGAAAAAAGAAGUUUAAGUUUGAGCAGCCAAUACCUGUUCAAUCCUACCUUAUUGCCAUAGCUGCUGGAGCCAUUGUUUCUAAGAAGAUUGGACCAAGAUCCCAUGUUUGGGCUGAGGAGGCCUUUAUUGAGAAAGCUGCAUUUGAUUUCGCAGAUACAGAGGCCAUGCUGAAGACAGCAGAGGAUCUAUGUGGUCCAUAUGUUUGGGGAGAAUAUGAUAUUCUGAUUCUUCCUCCUUCCUUUCCCUUUGGCGGGAUGGAAAACCCAUGCCUCACCUUUGCUACCCCGUCUUUGCUCUCUGGGGAUAAAUCUAAUGCUGAUGUCAUAGCUCAUGAGAUUGCUCAUUCCUGGACCGGAAAUCUUGUGACCAACUGCAAUUUUGAGCACUUCUGGCUUAAUGAGGGUUUCACAGUAUUUGUGGAAAGAAAGAUACUGGGUCGUCUGCAUGGAGAACCCUAUCGACACCUUAGUGGCAUUUUAAGAUGGAAGCAACUAGAUGAAUGUGUUAAUGAGACAUUUGGUCCUGAAAGUCCAUUCACAAAGCUUGUUGUGGACCUGAAGGGAAUUGACCCUGAUGAUGCUUUCUCAGUUAUCCCGUAUGAGAAGGGAGCUACAUUCUUGUGGUAUCUAGAAGAGCUGGUGGGAGGAGCUGAUCAGUUUGAACCAUUCCUUCGUGCAUAUUUUGAGAAGUUUAAACCUAAAUCUAUCUCUACAGAUGACUUCAAGGAGUUUUUCAUUGAGUACUUCUCUAACGUUGAAGCUAUCAAGGAUAUUGAUUGGGCCACCUGGUUGUAUGUCUCAGGAAUGCCACCAUACAAGCCUAAGUUUGAUGAGAGCCUGGUUCUUGAGUGCUAUAGUUUAGCUGAGAACUGGAGAAACUGGAAUCCUGACUAUCCCUGUACCUUCACAGGGUCAGAAAUCAAAUCAUUCUCUAGUGCUCAGAUCAGGGAGUUCCUGAACAGUCUAUUAGUUGGAUCUGCCCUACUCCCUGCUGUAGUGGAGAAAAUGGAGAACCUCUAUAAACUUUCUGAGAGUUGUAACAUGGAGAUUCUGUUCUCCUGGAUUAGGGUUGGGAUUGCAGCAAGGUGGGAAGCAGCAGUUCCACUAGCAGUCAAGUUGGUUACAGACAUUGGAAGGAUGAAGUUUUUAAGACCACUGUAUCGUGAUCUGUAUGCCUGGGAGGCUAAGCGUCAGGUUGCACUGGAUACAUAUACAGCAAAUAAGAACCAGAUGAUAGCAGUGUGCAGGGAUAUGCUUGCCAAGGACCUACAUAUUUCACAAUGACCUCUACAAUCAUCUAAUGUAGUUUGACACAGGAAACUUGUGUUUAAAUUUCUAAUAGUGUUUGAACAUCAUGAACCAGUGAUUUUUAUCUGAUUUUGAAAGUUUUUAACCUAUAAGUUUAUAAAGUGUAAAUUAAAUUUUUUUACAGUUUGCAUUUUAAUACUAUUAGAUCAUGUUUGUGAUCCAAGGUCAAAUUGAUAAAUUUCAAAAUUUGUUGCUGAAAGUUUGAACUAUUUAGAGUAUUAUGGUAAAUAGUAUUUUAGAAAUCAGUGCAUAAUGCCAAUAGUAAUUCAAAUUUUUUUAAACAAGAUGUUUUUUGUCCCCAGGUCAUAAUUGGGUUGUUCCAAUAAAAAAUCUUGGAAUUUUUCUAUUGGUAAAGUUUGGUGGUGUUUUGGGUUUAUAUUGAUCUACCAGGGGUUUGUAAUCUGGCAUCACAUUCAUCUAUCCACACUUCAUUCAUACUGAAAAUAGGGUUGACAUGAUUCCAGCUGCCUAAGGGCUUCUUAGACCUGAGAAUAGUAGAUUGCAGGACAGGAACAUCACACUUAUUGCUCCUAGUCAUUUGUAAGCCCAGAUUGGAUACCUCCUGGUACUUAUAGCUGGCAACCAUAGACUUUCCCUGCUUGUCCACUUUUCCUCUCUUCAAUAUCAUUCACUUGGAUCAUUCCACUGAACGCUUCUUUCUUGUUAAGAAGAAAGCACUCAUUCUUUCCCUGCGAGAGUUGUUGACAGCCACCCCUUGUGUCCUACAUCCGUCACGUGGUCAUAACUGCUUAAACAGAUGUUGGCUUCAGAUGUUUUUUAAGCCACAGGUUUGUGUGGAGUUCGGGAAUCAAACCCGUGAACACCAGUUUGGACAGUAAUCCAGUUACUGCCUGUAGACAAGUGGGCUAACAAGAACUGGCGUCACACACUCCCCACCCCACUACAAUUGAAAUUAUUCAACACAUAAUUAAAUUUUUGUAAUCUUAAAGCUUUAAACUUUUUUUCAGA